AUGAAUAUCGAUCUUUGGAAGAUAGCGCUGAAAAACGCAAAAAUCUUAACCAAAUAUCAAGAUGUUUUGUUUGGAUUCGAGCACGGUUUCCAUCAAGGAAUACCUACCCAUAAACUUGGCAAUCUGCGCUGGUUCACCCCAGAUAACCAUCGGUCGGCAAUUUUGGCGGAAAAGAAGAUCAGAGAAUCAAUGGAUAAAGAACUACAACAAAAAAGAAUGUUCGGGCCGUUUGACUGGGAGGAAGUCAGCCGGAAAUUUAGUUUCUUUAGGACAAAUCCUUUAGGAGCGGUUGUCAACGGUGACGGGUCAGUUCGACCGAUAAAUGACUUGUCAUUUCCUCACGGAGAUCCCUCGACACCUUCAGUGAAUUCCUUCGUGAAUAAAGACGAUUUUGAGACCACGUGGGACGAUUUUAAUGAAGUUUCAUCGUUUUUCAGAAGUUGUGAUGGCCCGGUACUCCUUGCGCUAUUCGAUUGGGAAAAGGCGUACCGUCAAAUCCCUACCCAUCCAUCGCAAUGGCCCUACUUGAUGGUAAAAGGUAUGGAUGGGAACCUGUAUUUAGAUACUAGGAUAACCUUUGGUGGCGUGGCAGGCUGCGGCUCUUUUGGAAGGCCGGCAGACGCGUGGAAAGAGAUCAUGUUUGCCGAGUUUGACUUGGUAAAAGUGUUUCGCUGGGUCGAUGACAAUCUUUUCAUCAAAAAGCCUACCUCGACUACGGACAUGAAGGAUAUUGUGAAACGGUCUACCGAUUUAGGAGUUCUGACAAACUUGAAGAAAUGUUCAAUAUUUUCAGAUGAACAGAAAUUAUUAUUCAAUUAG